GGUGGUAUGUUAUAUAUCGUCGGAGGACGAAACAACUCGUUAAGUGGCAAUGUUGACUGUGAUUCCGUCGACCGUUAUGAUCCUCUGUUGGAUGAAUGGAAGUCUGUACGUUCCUUAACCGUACCGCGCAAUCGAGUGGGUAUUGGUGUCAUCGAUGGUUUUGUAUAUGCUAUUGGUGGUAGUCAUGGUAACUUAUAUUUAAAUCUUGUUGAAAAGUAUGAUGCUGACGAAGAUUGUUGGGUCGAAGUUGCUCCUUUGACUGUUCCUAGAAUAGGUAAUGUAUACAGGCUACAUUUACACGAUACCCUGUCAACAUAAAGGGCUGAUUACAUGUAGACAUUUUCAGCCUGCAUGGCCAGUUUGAACUAUACCCGAGAUGAAAAUUUCAUCUUCGUUGACCGGCCUGAAAAUCGUCAUGUAAUUGACAAGAUAUUUCAUCUUUUGUUCCAUCUCUAAUGAAACCACAGGUCAAAUAUUCGGCGACAUCAGCAUUAGAACAUUUUUCAUUCAAAACUAAAUUUUAACAAAUAUCGACUAUAGUUAUAAAUUAAAUUUUUUAGAACCACUUAGUAUUUUAACAAAAUACAAAACAAGUGUACUGUAACUCCAAAGAUCGAUCUUUGGAGUUACACUUGUUUUGAAUUUUUGUAAAUUAAAAAGUUGUGUAAAAACCAGUUGAACUUUAUUGUACUUAUACGUACAGUAAUAAGAAUUUUGUAAGUCCAGUCAUUCCGACUAGCAGGUUUUAUAGAGAUGAACUGAGAUUCUAGCCUCCAAAAUGAAAUAUAUGUAUUUGCUUCGUAACGGAAAAUGCAUGGUGAGCCUGGAGGUUCUGGUUACAAACAAAAAUUAUUUAAAUGUCCAAAAAUGUGUAAUAAUUUUGUUUUGCGCACUCUGAAUUCGACAUUUUAUUUUAGGAGUUGGAGUUGCGGUGAUCGAUAGGAAACUGUACGCAGUUGGUGGGUAUGAUGGAGUACGUCGUCUGGAUAGGUGAGGAUUAUUAAUUUAAGAAUAUUAUGAGAGGAACCAUUCAAUUCAAGUGUUUACCGCUGUGUUCGCUAUGCAAGUAACACAUUUCCAUCUCGAGACAUUUAACGACAUUUCGAAUAAUUAGCUUGCAUUUCAGUGCAGAAGAGCUGUUGCUAAUGUAUGGCGUCUGCCUCCACACCAUAUGAUAAGGUGAAUGUUAAGAUACUUUUAAUAUCAGAUUAUGAUGAAUUUAAAUUUGAUCAUUUGUCGCGAGACUAUAGACUGUAAAAAGGGGGGGGGGGAUGUUGAACAGGGCUUCAAAAUGAUAAGGUCGGCGUUAAGAUGCUAAUUUUGAAUUUUAUAUGGCGUUUUAAUAACAGAUAUACUCAUAACACUAUACGUCCUUCAUAUAUAAGUAACACUGUCCCACUUGCGGAUAAACACAAUAUUAAGGUCGGUUUGCUAGAAAUUAUCAAAUGAAGCGUGAAGCUAUAAUUAGCAUAAACACGAGGUUCAUGUUAAAAUCGAUUAGCAUAAUAAUAUCAUACGGUUUAUAUAUAUAUAUAUAUAUAUAUAUAUAUAUAUAUAUAUAUAUAUAUAUAUAUAUUAUAUAUAUAUAUAUAUAUUAUAUAUAUAUAUAUAUAUAUAUAUAUAGUAUAUAUAUAUAUAGUAUAUAUAUAUAUAGUAUAUAUAUAUAUAUAUAUAUAUAUAUAUAUAUAUAUAUAUAUAUAUAUAUAUAUAUAUAUAUAUAUAUAUAUAUAUAUUACGACAAAGAGAUGGCUACGUAUCGAAGAAUUUAUUAAAGAUGACUAAAGUAAAGUAUAAAAAUAAAUUUUCGGCCACUUGACACGGCCUUCCUCAGAAUAAAAACUAAGUUACAGCACAUGGCAUUUAUACUAUUUAGCAUGCUAAGUAAUUAACCUAAUCCUAUUGUUGUACAAAAUCAUGCGUAGAGUUAAGUCCUCUUUGAUUAGUCAAUAGCAUACCAAUCCAAAAAUUUUCACAUUCCCUUAGGUUGCCUAUAACACACUCAUUGCUUUCAGCACUAACCUAAGUUGGGGGGGGGUGGGGAGGGGGGAUGCUUGGAAAUUGCUUAACUAUGCAUAUUAAAUGUUAGAUUAACUAAACUAAAUAUUUCAUGUCGUUGAUCCUGAAAUUUUAUUCCAGUUUUGUUUAUUGUCGGUUUAGCAGCUAUUAAAUGACAUAUUUCAUGUCUUUGAUUAUGAAAUACGGAAAAUUACGAUAAAAUAUCGUAUUUUGUAGCAUAGCGACUGUGUCAAGAGUACUGUACUUGUGUAUAAUUUUUCAUUGUUUGUUUAUGGUUUUCAUUGAGUCGUAUCAAAAUACAUAUUUCUUUUUAGAAUCAGUGCAAGAGAGGAUAUAAUAGUAAAAACAACAAAUUUCCUGCCAAAAUUUUACGAAUUUUGUCGGGUUAAUCAACACAAAUAUUGAGAAAUAGCACUAAACUGCAUGCAGACUUGUCUUUCGCACGACAGUAAUUUUUACGACAUGAUAUUGCUAAUAUUUGCAUAUUCAUAUAAUUAUUUUGUAAAUUAUAUACAAAUAAAUGCAUGGCAUAAUUUUUCAUCAUGUAGUCCACUUGACUGUCUUGACAUAUUUAUAACAUUCUGUCCUUAUUUAUACAAACAUUCUGUCCGCCAUAGUUUUAAGUAAGUUAUAAAUGGAAGGGAACAGUACCGCGGAUAAAUAAUAGUUCAGUAAUUUUAGCUCAUUUUAAGGCCAAGGUUGGAAAAAAUAGUAAAAAGCUAAAAAUUGUUAGAUGCAAUAAUUUAACUAUCCUGAACAAUAUACUAAAAGUCCCCAUGUAUCCUCUUGGAGCUUUUUCCAUUAUGACAAGGUUUUUUUCGAUUUCCUUAUCACUCCCAUAUUGUUAAAAACGUGAAAUUUCAAGUUCACUCAUACCAAAAAUCAUCACUAGAAAGCUCAUAAAAACUACAUAUAAGACAUUUAAGUCUGACAACACGUUUCCAACAGCUCAUAACUCAAGAAGAACUUGCAAAAUCAAGGUAGCCGUUUAAAUGUCUUAUAUGUAGUUUUUUGUAAGUUUUCUAAUAAUGUAACUUAUUUUUCCUAUAACUGAAUCUGAAAUUUCGCUUUUUAACAAUAUAGGAGUUCACUAGGGAAAUCGAACAAAAAACUUGUCAUAAUGGAGAAAGCUCCAAGAGGAUACAUGAGAACUUUUAGUAUGUUAUCAAGGUUGCUGAAGAGAGUGCAUACGCUAAUGUUUGGCUUUUUACUAAUUUUUUCUGACCUAUUUUCUAUUUUGAUUGUACUAUAACGCGGGUUGCGGUCAUAGUCAGUAGCGGGAGUAAUUAAUAGCCCAACUGCUUAGUGAUGGAUGAAAUGACGCUUCACUUUCACCAACAAGCAGUUCGAUAUGUUCUUACUUUGAAAUCAUUUUAAACUUACAGUUCCUAGUAAGUAAUCUCUUCUAUUUCUAGCUGUCCCUCCCUCUCCGACUUCGAAAUAUCUCCUUAGAGACAUUAACUUGUUGUUUUACACAGUAUAUUCGUGUUUCUACCAUUUAGUGUGGAAUGCUAUGAUGCAACAUUAGAUAAAUGGACUUUGGUCGCGUCUAUGAAGUCAGCUAGAAGUGGUGCUGCCGUUACUGCGGCUAGUAAAUACAUUUACGCAUUGGGUGGGUAUAACGGCACAACACAGUUAAGUAGUGUGGAGAGAUAUGAUCCAGUACUGGACGAAUGGACACUAGUAUCAAACAUGUUAGACCACCGCAGUGCCCUGAGUGUGGCAUCAUACGAUAACAAACUGUAUGUAUUUGGAGGAUAUGAUGGAGAGAAAUUUCAUGAUACAGUGGAGGUUUAUGAUUGUGAACAGGAUCGGUGGGAGGUAGCGGCUGCCAUGAGCACGGGCCGUAGUGGUGCUGCUGUAGUGGUAGGAGUACGACCAGCAUUCUGAGAAAUUGACCAGAGUUGCAUCCGGCAAAGAUUCCCCGUCGCGAGCUCGAGACUACGGAGCUUUAGAUUUGACCACGAGUACGACUACGAGUACGAGAUUUGAUCGCGUGCUAGGAAAUUACCGUAGUCGUUUUCGUUUCCAUUCAAAUGUUGUUUUUAUAACAGUAAACCAACAACGAGAGAAAAAGUUUCAUAAACUAAAUCUCCUGCUGACUAAAAUCCCCUACAAAACGUGAAAAUAAGUCAUAACAUUAAAAACAGGCCAGAUAUUUAGUAUUAAUAUAUUAUUUGCGCCGGAUAAACGCUAUAUAAAUGCUAGAAAUUAUUUUUGGAAAACAAAAAAAAGGUCAACUUUCUUUGUUUUUUUGAAAAGUCGUCGUGAGGACUACGAGAUUUAUCCGCAAGUUCGUUCUCAGAUGGGCGACGGCUACGAUUUUUUCGCGUCAGUACGGGAUGGCGUAAGCAUACAGCAUACGUUUUCGCUUGACGAAUCUCGUACUCGUAGUCGUACUCGUAGUCAAAUCUAAAGCUCCCUACUAAGAAGAAGCUGACGGGAUAGUCAACCAGAAGAAAAUUCGUUUGGGCCCAUUUGGAGGAGGGUAAAAUAUAAUUGUGUGGGAUAGUUUUUGAAGGGCUGUCAUAGUAGUUUAAACAGAAUAAAUAGUCUGGUAAUCUGGAUAAUAGAGUCCUGUUCCCUUUUUACUGGUUUUUAACUGGUGAAUUUAUUUGCGCAAUAAAGAUUCCUAUUAUUGUAAUCGGAAUGGUAAUAAUGUAGAUAUCUGAAAAAGAAUUGACUAGUUAUUUCAUUACCUCCAGUUACAAAUGCAUAAUCAGCUCAAAAACACUAUACAAACUUAAAAAGCGUAUAUGAGGUUCUAUAUUUUCCAUAAUUGUGAAUAUCGGAUUUAUUUAUUAUGCAAAGAAUUACCGUUUCAGACGAAAAUAUGAAAAGUUUUAUAACCAGAAACAAAAGAAAACUAAAUUGCUUUUCGUAAUUUCAGGUCACGUUCGAUAACCUAACCGAUAAAUUCAUAAAGGUAAUUUUUUGUUUGAAAAGAUCCCCAUACUAAGCCGGAUAAUAUUUAGCCUGCUAUGGGUAAAGCGCCUGCAUGGAAGCCAUACAACUUUGGAUACCUAUGUCCCAAAUCAUGUAAUUCUAGGUCAGUAUUCAAGUCUCCUAUUUAUAGAAUAUAACGCAUCAGUUUCUACGCUUGUUGACGUGCGAAGGAAGCUUAUUCAAAUCUUUGCAUGCAAUAUAUUUCUAUAUCGCAAAUGACUCCUCACAACAUAAUCCCCAAAUUUGGAAAUACUCAACAUGGAUCAUUCGUUCAAACACAUUUUUAGUCAUAUCAGGUUAUUCCACAAAUGUAUAACAUGUGAUAGUAUGGAUAAAUUCUCCGUUUGUGCGUGCGUGUCGAUUAUCUGGUAAGCCAUUUCACUCUGGAAUAUUGUCUGUGUGGUCUUUAUGGUUCUUUCCGGUAUUUCCUGAUUGGUUGAUUUCAAGAUACGAUUUUAGGGGGGCGGAUAUACAAAAUUGUAUGGCGUCAAUGCAGGCUGUCCUUCCCUAGACUAGCAGGGCCUGCUGCAGGCUAUCCUUUGUUGAAUGUUGAGCAAUGCUUUUGAAAUUCAUCAAUUUCGAGGUUGUUUAUUUGAAAGUAUAUCAGCUGAGCCGUAAUCCGGCACUUUUUGUUAUUUUCGUUCAAUUUAUUCGUCCCUAGAUGUAUUUGUAUUUAUUAAAACCAUUAUUUAACCCCCAAGGUAAUCCUGUCAGUGUCUCAAGGAACUGGGAGCCCUGAUAUCAUAUUACAAAAAAAAUAGGUGAUUACGUGAAUGAAAUAAAUAUUAUUGUAUAAAUACUAACUUCCCGACGAAGAGUCUUCGCUCGAAACAUGGACGUUCUCUUUGAAUUUUUUUUAGAUUUUUAGGCAGUUGUAUAUCGCUAUCAAUCCGAAGCUUUAUUAUGCACCUAUCAAUGUUUU